UCCUAAUUGGUCUCUCUGUGUGUUUAGUUCUCUCUGCGGGCGGGCAUUAUAGUCGACCUCUCUUUCAUGAUCAAUCAUGUGUUAAAGCGUCUUGCAGUGCCAUGGCAGUCUUCCAAACAAGUGAAAGUGCAAUGCACCUGAAACCGUACCUUUGCCUACACAACCGACCUUGCUUGCUGAGCUGUUUACAACAGUUACCUUUCUUUUCCACUGCCCUCGGUGGGUUAAAUUACUAAUAAGACAUACUGAGGGCCCUCUGUUUUGGCGGCGCACAAAGCGAUGCGGAGCAAAUAAAGAUCGUGGUGACACUGAGACUCGAGAGUUUAGAUAAUGGGCUGUGUGCAAUGCAAGGACAAAGAAGCAACUAAACUGACGGAGGACCGCGACACCAGCAUCUCGCAGAGUGCCGGCUACCGCUAUGGCGCCGACCCCACCCCGCAGCACUACCCCACCGGCUUCGGCGUCACCGCCAUCCCCAACUACAACAACUUCCACGCGCCGGGCAGCCAGAGCAUGACCGUCUUCGGAGGGGUCAACUCGUCGGCGCACACCGGCACCCUGCGCACCCGCGGGGGAACAGGUGUGACUCUGUUCGUGGCGCUGUAUGACUAUGAGGCGCGCACUGAGGAUGACCUAAGCUUCAGGAAAGGAGAGAAGUUCCAGAUCAUCAACAGCACGGAAGGGGACUGGUGGGACGCGCGCUCUCUCACUACGGGCGGAACCGGCUACAUUCCCAGUAAUUACGUGGCCCCCGUGGACUCCAUCCAAGCCGAAGACUGGUACUUUGGCAAGCUGGGCCGGAAGGAUGCCGAGAGGCAGCUGCUGUCCACCGGCAACCCCCGCGGCACCUAUCUCAUCCGCGAGAGUGAAACCACCAAAGGGGCCUUCUCUCUGUCCAUACGGGACUGGGACGACGUCAAAGGCGACCACGUGAAGCAUUACAAGAUCCGCAAACUGGACAGCGGCGGCUACUACAUCACCACCCGAGCGCAGUUCGAGACGCUGCAGCAGCUGGUGCAGCACUACUCAGAGCGGGCAGCAGGGCUGUGCUGUCGCUUGGUGGUGCCGUGCCACAAAGGAAUGCCCCGCCUGACCGACCUGUCCGUCAAAACCAAAGACGUGUGGGAGAUCCCGCGGGAGUCGCUGCAGCUCAUCAAGCGGCUGGGGAAUGGGCAGUUUGGGGAGGUCUGGAUGGGCACGUGGAACGGCACCACGAAGGUGGCGGUGAAGACGCUGAAGCCGGGCACCAUGUCCCCCGAGUCCUUCCUGGAGGAGGCCCAGAUCAUGAAGAAGCUGCGGCACGACAAGCUGGUGCAGCUCUACGCCGUCGUGUCCGAGGAGCCCAUCUACAUCGUCACCGAGUACAUGGGCAAAGGAAGCCUGCUGGAUUUCUUGAAGGACGGAGAAGGCCGAGGGCUGAAGCUGCCAAACCUGGUGGACAUGGCUGCUCAGGUGGCCGGGGGAAUGGCCUACAUCGAGAGGAUGAACUACAUCCACAGAGACCUGCGCUCGGCCAACAUCCUGGUCGGGGACAACCUGGUGUGCAAGAUCGCCGACUUCGGCCUGGCCCGGCUGAUCGAGGACAAUGAGUACACGGCGAGGCAAGGUGCCAAGUUCCCCAUCAAGUGGACAGCCCCAGAGGCCGCUCUGUACGGCAAGUUCACCAUCAAGUCAGACGUCUGGUCAUUCGGCAUCCUGCUGACCGAGCUGGUGACCAAGGGACGAGUGCCCUACCCAGGCAUGAACAACCGUGAGGUGCUGGAGCAGGUGGAGCGUGGCUACCGGAUGCCGUGCCCCCAGGACUGCCCCAGCUCCCUGCACGAGCUCAUGGUCCAGUGCUGGAAGAAGGACCCCGAGGAGCGGCCCACCUUCGAGUACCUGCAGGCCUUCCUGGAGGACUACUUCACCGCCACCGAGCCACAGUACCAGCCCGGAGACAACCUUUAGACCCAGCACCGCUCCCGCGCGCGCGGCCACACCAGACACCCCCCACCCACCCGCCAGCCCGCCAGCCCUGUGCUCAGGGCGUGGACAGCGCCGGGGAAGGACUACCAAUCGCCCGGAACAAUCCCACAAGCUCUCCCCAAAAACCUGCCAUGCCUGUAGGGACAUGUGUACAGAAUCCGCAGUCCUCCAAAACCGCCUCUCCACUAAACUCUCAGCUGUCAGAGUACUGACACACACACACACACACACACACACACACACACACACACACACAUACACAAAUACACACCCUCACCGACUAGGUGAAGGACUAUGGACUAAAGAAGGCAGGAUGGAUUUCUCAUUGGGCCAUAAGACGGGGGAAGGUGGAGGAAGAUGUGGGGAUGGGGGACGGGUGGAUUGGCAAGGCAAGGCUGUUGGGGUGGGUGAGGAUGCAAUGCAAAAGCCUGUAUUGAGUGUAAAUAUGAACUGAUUGUUUGCUUAACCUCAUACGUUUUUGUUUUGUUUCAAUUGGCCUGUUUUAGUUCUUCUGUUGUUUUUGUUCACCUUCAUGUUCUCUCUGCCAUAAGUCAUUUGUCUCCUGCAAAAUAAUCAUUAUCAUCAGAAUAAAUGAAGUAAUUAAGAUUAAUCAAAAUAAUUCAUAAAGAAAGCACUGGAGAUAGACACAAUACUCUGGCCUUGAUAGCACAUAGAAAAAAGCUUAUUUUCUUCCCUUUGUUGUGUUUCUAAAGCUGAUGAGACUUGGGGCAACGUUUUGAGGAAUGUUGCAGGACAGUGUUCCUCAUUAUUGUGAUUGGCAUGUUCCCAUUGAUAUUGGUAAACCACCUCUAGAGAUUUAAUAGAUAGAAGAAUUUAAUUAAUAGAAGGCUGAUUAUGUGGUUUCCCAGCAACAUUGCUAAAAUAGUUGCCCCAUGUGUCAGCACCUUUAGAAGUUGGAUGGGAAACUAUCCUCAAACGGUCCUCAAAUUCCUCUUUUUGGACAGAAAAUGUGUACAAUGGAAGUGCAGAUUCUCUUGUAAGCUUAGUGUCUCAAUGUAUUAAUUCCUUAAAAAAAAGAUCAUCUCAUUCACAGGCUUCGGGCAAGCAUGAGGAUAAAACUUUGUUUGGCCUCUGAAGAAGCUAGUUUUAGUUAGCCUAACUUUUUCAUCCAUGUAAAGUAUGUGUCCUCUUCAGACGUAAUAGCUGUAAGGCUAAUGCUGUAACAGAGUUAUUUUACAAGCAAUUUAUGUUACAUUUUUGUAAUUACAGCCAAACAUGUAAUAAUGAAACCUUUGAACAUAUCUCUUUGCGCUUAUAUUACAAGGUUUGAAAUUUUUUUACCCAAAAGCGACCAGUACAGGUAUUUAGUGUCAAGCGGAGCGACAUGUUUGUUUAAUAAGAGAAAGAUGUGUCCACUUUAAGAGUCUUAUUUGACCCUGUAUGCAGAGCACCGUAAAGCAGCCAUUCCGUUGCAUCUCGUAUGUCUCUCUCCUUGCGUGUGACGCCGUGUAGCGUUGAAGAGAGGUCACUGUUGUCCCUUCUCCCUCUGUUUGCAGGGGGCCAGAUUGAAGUGGGUAGGUCAGGGAUGGGGGUGAUGAAGGACCCCGCCCUGCCCCACCCCCCCACGUUCCCCUCAUGUGCACCUCAAUAAUCACCAAUCACUCUGGCUGUAUGCACAGCACUUCCAGAACCUUCUGCCAAUCAUGUCUGAACCACGUCCUCGUAGGGAUUUUUUAUUAUUAUUAUUAUUAUUAUUAUUAUUAUUAUUGUUAUCGAUUCUUUUACUGACCUGGAUGUUCUUCAGUAUAUUUGAUUUAACCAUUAGGUGGAUAUUGAGUUGGUGGAGAAUGGUGCGGCCACCUUAGUCCUCCCACGUGACCUGUGUGUCCACUGGGAGCUGCUCUGUGAAUCAGAAUCACAACGUGUUUCUUACAAGACAUUUUGUUGGUUCAGUUUGACAUUAUGGUUCAGAAAGAAAUGUCAGUAUUCUUGUUCAUUGUCUCCAUCCCCAUUUUUUAACAUGACCAUUUUGGUUAACUCAUUGAUUUGCCAUUUGACAAUAAAAAAAAAAACAAUAAGCAUUUUA